AAAUGGGGUGUUAGCUGCGGCAAGUCGUUUGCAACGCCGCGUUAUUGUUGUGUUAUAAGUGAUUGGUGAAAAAAUUUCCAUGGAUAAAGUAAUUGGAUGCGAAAAUCUAUAGUGCUUAAAAAAAAUUUCUGUAAAAAAUUGUGAGUUUCAAGUGCCAACCAAUAAGGGCGGUGGCUUUGAGAAUGGGAAAGAAUUAUAAAAAGCAGAGUAGCUGUGGUACAAUUCAUGAAAAAUCUUAGAAGACGGGUGAAUCACACGCAUGUACAUAUACAAUUGCACACCUGCGAACGGUGGUGUAAAGUAAAGAAUCUGUGGGAAUCAACGAAUGACAAAAAUUUUUGUGAAUUAGAAGUAACUUUUCAACCCGCCUGCUGUUACUGUCGGCGGCUGUGUUCUAACCCACUAACAGCACUAGAACAGACAACAAUUAAUAUUUUUAGCUCUCAGGAUUAGUGAACAUACAUCUAUAGUGUUUAGCAGCGGGUAUUAAAAAUAAAAGCAACAGCAAAUUGUUGGAUACAAAAGGUAUUUUUUGUGGAUUUACUGUCUGGCUUAAAUAAAAUAAACGCAAAACUGGCGGACGAACAAGCAGAAAGCGCCAACAAGAUGAGUUGGGGAACGCAACUAUGGGACCAGUAUGAAAAUAUAUCGUCACAGACGAACAAAGGCAUAGAAUUCCUUGAAAAAUAUUGCAGUUUCAUACAAGAUCGUCUGGCGAUAGAAAAAGAAUAUGCCACCAAAUUGCGACGCUUGGCGAAGAGCUACCAGCCGAAAAAGCGGGAGGAGGAAGACAACGAAUUUUCAUCCUGCCAAGCUUUUCGCAAUGUGCUGAAAGAAAUCAACGACUUAGCGGGCCAGCGCGAAGUAGUCGCCGAAUCACUGGAGCAACGCAUCGUGCAAGGCAUACAAGUGCUCUCCAAAGCGUUACGAGAUGAACGAAAGCGAUGUCUUAAUGAAGGCACAUCCCUACAACAGACCCUUACCGCACAGUUGAGCGCACUUGAUCGUGCCAAACGCAACUACGAGAAGGCCUUCCGCGAGUCGGAAAGAGCUGUGGAGAAUCACAAGAAAGCCGAUAUGGAUCUGAAUUUGAGUCGAGCCGAAGUGGAACGCUAUAAGAAUAUAAUGACAGCGAAAAUACAACAAUCGGACGAUGCGAAAAACGAAUAUGCCAAUCAACUGCAGAAGACAAACAAUUUACAAAGGCAGCACUACGGUGUCGCAUUGCCAACAGUUUUCAAUCGCCUACAAGAGCUGGAUGAGAAGCGCACAGGUGGCAUACGUGAAUUCAUCAUUGGCACAGCAGAGGUCGAAUCAGCGGUGGCGCCCAUCAUUGCACGGUGUAUGGAGGGCAUUGUCAAAGCGGGCGAGUCAAUAAACGAAAAGGAAGACUCCUUCAAAGUCAUAGAAAGAUAUCAAUCGGGCUUCACUCCACCAACCGACAUACCCUUCGAUGAUUUGUCGAAACAUAAUCCCGAUUCACCGCUAGAUUCCCGUGUGCUUUCAAAUCAUUUCACCGUCAAGGGCACCAUUAGCAAAGGCGUCAAGAAACGCACAGCGAUCUUCAGCUUCUUCGGCAGCAAUAAGCCACAGAAGAUUUAUGAAGCCUGUAUCACCAUGAAGAACUCCCUAACGGCGGACGGCCAAAAGGAAGAUUUCAGCGAUUUACCACCGAGUCAACGGCGCAAGAAGCUACAAGCUAAAAUUGCCGAACUGCAGCAUAAACUCAAUCAAGAGGUGGCCACACGUGAUGGCCUCAUGAAAAUGAAGAUGGUCUAUGAGUCGAACUCAUCGUUGGGCAAUCCGAUGACAGUCGAAGGACAGCUGAAUGAGUCCGAGCACAAAAUGGAAAAGUUACGCAUGGAUUUGAAGAAGUUCCAAGGCUAUUUGGAGAGUGCGAAUCAAAUGCCGCUGGCCAGUAAUAGUCCGCAAGCGAGUCGCAUACUCAUGCAGAAUGGACACCGAACAUCGAGACAUUCCAAUGGCAGUGCCGAAGAUCACAACGAUGAUGGCGACGAUCAUGCCGAUGACGGUGGCAGCUUAAGCAGGUCAGGUUCUGAGGAUAAUGUGGCGCAAAUACAAAAUGGGCAUAAUAAUAACAAUAACGGCAGUUCGGCUAGUCCCGAAAGCGGUUUGGGUACGUCGCACACCUCACUGCCGGGUUCAGGGCAGGGUAGUGCGAACGAGAACGCCAUCGGCGAGGACGACUACGAUGGAGCGGAGAUCGAGGUGCUGCAGCCGUUGGGCACGUGUCGAGCGCUCUACCCCUUCGAAGCGACCAGCGAAGGCAGCAUACCGAUGAUUGAGGGCGAAGAACUGCAAGUCAUUGAGAUCGAUCAGGGUGACGGUUGGACGCGCGUGCGCCGUGCCAACGCCGCGAACGGCUGGGAUGAGGGAUUUGUGCCGACUAGUUAUAUUGAAUGUACACUUCCAUACAUACAUUUGGUUGAGAGCAUGGCAUUCAUUUAUAAAAACAACAAAGCUGUCGACGGCGCCGAGCCGAGCAGUUCCACAAGCAGCACACCGACUAUUGACUAUUUCGAGCAACAACACAGCAGUGUUGUCUAGCAUACUAUGUAAAUGUGUAUGUGUCCCAAACGUUUCGAUUCCAAAAUGACCAAAUAUGAUUUGCUGACUUUGAGCGCAAGUGAGCGAUAGCGAAAGAGAAAAAGAGAGAGGGCGUAACUUAAGCGCGAAAUAUCUAAUAACCACGCAUUGUGAAUUCGCUUUUCAUUAUGUACUAUUAUUAUUCAUAAUUUUUUUCAUUUGAAAUUUUUCAUAAUGUUUAUAUAGAAAAAUAAUUAAACUAAUUUAAAAUGCUGUGAAAGAAAGAAAUUCAUACAGACAGUGAUACAACUCUAUUGUAAUUGUAUAAAUGAAAAAAAAAAAUAUAUAUAUAAACAAAAUUGCAGAAAUGUGGGAAAACUGCAAAGAAAACAUCAACAAAGAAAAAAAUAUUUGUUAGGGGGGUUAGCGGGGCAAAUGGUUAACUUAAAUGUGUUUGCGUAGAUAAAAUGAAAUUGUAUUUUUAUUUCAGUGCAUUUUUUAAUUUUUCACUACCACUGUCACAGCCACAACUGUUAUUAUAAACAUACAUAUUAAUUAUAUAACAAAAUAUAUAAGAAGUUGCACGCUCUUUCGCCGCAAAUUAAAAAAAAUUAAAGUUUUAAUUGUAAAUUACUGUCAAAAACUCACUAACAGAUCUYUCUCUAAGCAAGCAAAUACAAAAAAAAAAAAAUUAUAUUACAAUAAAAAAUAAGCAAAUCAUAGUAAAUGCAAAAUAUUUAAAACUAUAAAACGCAACCUCUAUUAAGCACCAGCAACACAAUCAUACAAAAAACUAUCAAUUUAUUAUAAAGAAUGCAAACAUGCCCUAAAAAAGCAUUAAAUUAUUUGAAAAAAAAAAAAA